UGCUUCAAACGACAGCUGAGCGUUGAGCAACGCAUUUGUCAAAUAAAAACGCAAAAUAAUUGAUAAUACCCCGAUAAGGAACCUAAACUAAUCAAGUAUGUAACAACUAAAACGCAAACAAUUUAGACAUCAAUAAACCGCGAUUUUAAUUUACAUUUUUAACAGGGUUUUGAUUGAACCUUAACCUUUCAACUUUGGGCGAGAAGGGAAAAUGGCAGCUCCCUCACCGUUCAUGUUUAUGGGGAUUCUUAGAACCCUUUCGCCAAUUGCUUUGAAUAGAAUUUUGCUGACAGAGAGAAUUCCUUUAUCAACAUGCUCUCGAGUUGGCUAUCAGCACCUGCGGACAAGGUUACCUUCAAACUACACUUUUUGUACUGUCGCGUCUCAAUCGGAUAAAACAAGCGAUGCCAUCGACACCACUGAAAUGACUUCUCGUUAUAAAGACAGACCCUGGGAAUACUUUGAAAGCGAAGCAUAUGCUGAACGUUAUGGUUCAAAGCAACUGUGGUCCGACUACAGGAGAAACCACAAAGGAAGCAUUCCUCCUCAGAAAACCAGGAAGACUUGCAUUAGGGGGGACAAGAUCUGUGGCAAUCCCUGCCCUAUUUGCCGAGAUCCCAAUAUCGUCAUUCACUAUAAGAACGUGAAGCUGCUCCAGCAGUUUGUUAGUCCUCACACAGGAAUUGUCUAUGACCCCACUCGCACAGGUGUGUGCAUGAAGCAGCAGAAACAAUUAAACCAGGCCAUCCAAACCGCCAGGGACCACGGCCUGCUACCCUUCCAGGUGCCCUAUGUAGAGUUCACCGGGGAGGACUACUCCAACUCCCAUGAUGCAGUGGGGCACACCCGGCCGCCUCCCUCCAUGACCUCCGGUGACCCCUGGUAUCCCUGGUAUGGCACCCUGCAACCUGAUGAGUCUGAGGUGGCUCGGGUGAAGAAGCUGUACAAGAAUUAUCUUAAAUAAAGGCACCAGAUACUACGGAAGAGCUGGGCUUCGACUUACAUUACUUACUGGUCAGCUGUGUACCGGCUCCUACGUAAUGUGGGAUUUGAACCUGCAACUACUUCCCUCUGAGCUCUUUCAGGAUGACCUGUGACACUGCCCAGAUAGUUUACAGCUUUUGGCAAUGACCUGAGAUCUCAUGCUGAUUGGCCAGUUCCAAGUGAACCCUACCCAACCUCUACCAGACGAAACCAAUCGCCUCUCACCUUUCCGGGCUCUCCAUCGUAGUCUGCCAGUGAUGCUCUUUCAAGAGUAGGUUUUUUUUAUAAUGUUUCGUCAGUGUUCUAGAACUCCAAUGCAAUCGGUUACCCGUAGUGAUUGUAACAUCGGCAUUAGAAUUUUCAGUUUAGAACAUUCUGAUGAUCACAUUAGUUGUGAUCUUACACCUUACAGGGUUAAAUUCUCAACAGUGCCCCACCGAGCAGACUAAUCCACAGGGGAUCUCCUGAAUAGGUUUUGAACACAAUCCUGAGGUGGAUUUUAGUGCCCUGUCAUCUUGCUUCUGAGCGUAUGUUGUGCUACAUGUCCUAGAGUUUGUCGCUUGCCUUUCAAGUAUGUCUAAUGAAUAUGGUAAUAAAAAACAACUUACCAAGAA